UGGUUGGGCGUGGGACGCAACACUCGGCGCGGGACUGACAGCAACGGUUGCUUCUUCACCAUCACCAACAACGACUAAUUCGCAACCAUGACUGGACAGUACGAGCUCAUCGCCAUUGGCAACCCUCUCCUCGACAUGCAGGCCCGCGACGGCGGUGAGGAGCUUCUCAAGAAGGCCAACGACGCCAUCCUCGCCGGCCCCGAGCACAUGCCCAUCUACAAGGACGUUGCCGAGAACCACCAGGUGACCUACAUUGCCGGCGGUGCCUCGCAGAACGCCGCCCGCUGCGCACAGUACGUCCUCCCUGCCAACUCGACGGCCUACUUUGGUGCCGUCGGUGAGGACGACCUCGCUCAGCAACAGCGCAGCGCCAACGAGCGUGAGGGUCUCAAGAGCGUCUACCAGGUCAUCAAGGGCACUCCUACGGGCUCGUGCGCCGUCGUCAUUACGGGACACCACAGGUCGCUCUGCACCAACUUGGGUGCGGCCGAGAAGUUCACAAAGGACCACCUCGAGACGGCCGAGGCUCAGCAGCUCAUCAAGGGGGCAAAGUACGCCUACAUGGAGGGUUACUUCCUCACGCACGGCCUCGAGUCGGCCAUGAUCCUCGCCAAGCACGCCGCGGAGAACAAGCAGAUCUUCUCCAUCAACAUCUCGGCCCCCUUCAUCGCGCAAUUCUUCAGCGCCCAACUCGACGAGAUCCUCCCCUACUCGUCCCUCGUCUUUGGCAACGAGACCGAAGCCGAAGCCUAUGCCGAAGCGCACAAGCUCCCCAACACAAAGGACCUUGCCGCCAUUGCGCAGCACAUUGCCGACUCGCCCAACAAGAGCGCCGCAAAGCGCACCGUCAUUAUCACGCACGGCGCCGAGCCUACGAUUCUUGCGCAGGAGGGCGGUAAGGAGACGAAGACGUUCCCCGUGCAAAAGGUCGAGGACAUCGUCGACACCAACGGCGCUGGGGACGCUUUUGCUGGUGGUGUGCUGGGCGCGAGCGUGGCUGGCAAGAGCAUCGAAGAGGCCAUUAGCGUGGGGCAGAAGUUGGGCGCCAUGUGCAUUGGCCAGAAUGGGCCUGUGCUCGCUUUCCCCAAGCAGAAGGUGAUGUGAGCGAGCGCGCGCGAUGAGGCAGGCGUAGAGGGUUGCGCGACGUAGAGGGUUUUC